CAGUGGAUUUGAACGGGUAACAAGUGAAGGCUACUACUGUCAGUCAGUAAAGUUCGCAAGAGUUUAAAACAAUUUUUUUUUUUUAUAGCUAAUAUGGACUGGAAGUUGAUUAGAUAUUCUCGUUUUAAAGUGAAAACCGAGGACACGGUGCUUUGGGAGAAAAUCACGAGGAGACUGCUGGUGGAUUUCAGGACGAAGAGGAGACAUUGCCCCGUUCCCACUACACAAAAGACAAGCACCGAGGCGCUUCAUCUCUCAGCAUCGUACAAGCGCUUCAAGAGUCGGAUGGUGACCAGGCGGCUGAGCGCAGAGCAGCCUUUAGCCAGUAGCCCCAUGGUCGCCAGGGGGCGCCAUUCUCCCUGCCGGGAGUUCGACACGGUCUGUCAGAGACUGUCUCUGGAUUCACCGCCAGGGGGCGCAGCGAGAACAAAACUACAAGAGCAGAACACAGAGACAAGCCUUCAAGACGCAGUGACGGAGGCUGGAGUGUCAGACCUAUCACAGCGUGUCGUCAGACCUGUCACAGCAGCGACCACUUACAAGAGGAAUGUGCCUAAACAGGACUGGGUGUGUUCUGCUUCUGGAGAACGGGACAGAUGCUCAGAGAAGCCGUUCUCUGUCCUGUAUAUGGCCCCCUCUGCUCCAGACCAGUCUCCAGACCAGUCUCCAGACCAGUCUCCAGACCAGUCUCCAGACCAGUCUCCAGACCAGUCUCCAGACCAGUCUCCAGACCAGUCUCAACCACAGCUGACUCUGGCACUGCCCUCUCUGCAGGAUGACUACUACAGCCACCCGUUGGACUGGAGUAGCAGUGGUAUCGUGGCCAUAGCCCUGGGGUCCGAUGUGUUCCUGUGGAAGGCAGAAACACACACUCUGCAGGGCUGCAUCCACCCCAGAGCAGCACCUUCUCUCCCACUGAGCCUGUCUCACUCUGUCUCCUCUGUGUGCUGGAGCAGAGAUGGAUGUACACUGGGCAUCGGGACCAAGGAGGGGGACGUACAGGUAGAGACAAACAUGCUCCAACCUUAG